AAAAAAGUGAAAAUAUUUGAAUGAUUGAUUAUCUCAGACUUCAGCUGUGCUUACUUACCAUAAAUAAAUAUCUCAGCCUCUCAUAUGCUUACUCCAAGUCGAUAGCAACAGGUCUAUGAGUUUCCCGGCGUGAUCGCAAUAAUCUACGAAAAAGGGAACGCACGCAGAACAAAAAAGAAGCACUAGCUUUAGUCGCCUGCGUUCGAAGCGAAACUUUCCAAUGUGGGCCUUCGCCUCCUUUAAAACCCCCCAUAAUAAAUUAUCAUUUGCAGGUUGAAAGAUGUUCCACAUUGGGUCAACGACGAGGUCUAGUAAAUUAGACUAAGUGCGGUUGAAUCCGCAUGUCCACUCCCUGCUUUAACGUCAUGGAUGGGUAGUAUGCGAGAUUGGUAAGUUCGGAGUUUUCGGGGGGGCUCUAAAUACAGAAGUGUGGGAAAGAAAAUAUUUCAUCGCCGCGUCCAACAAAUCCGUGUCCUGGACCUAGAGCUCUAUAUAAAAUACCUAGGUAGGUAGUGUAGUCUAGUCCUCUUCCAAUAACAAUAUAGAAGUUUCCAUCAAUCCAUCACUACCUUGACACACACUCGAAACCUAGUCUAUUCAACCUACCGAAUCAUUCACAACUAUACAUUUAAUCAGCCAUCAGACGAUAUGAGCACCAUCACAUUCACCGUCUUCAAGGGCACCGAGUCCGGUGUCGUGAAGAAGUCUACCACAACCAAGCCCUCGGAGCUAAAGGGCGACGAUGUUCUUCUCAGAGUCACCGCGUCCGGUGUCUGCGGAACUGAUCUCCAUUACACAAAAGAGGACAUGGUCCUAGGCCACGAAGGCGUCGGCGUCGUCGAGGCAACCGGCCCGGCGUGCAAGCACCUGAAGAAGGGCGACCGAGUCGGCUGGGGCUACGAGCACGACUGCUGCGGCCACUGCCAGCAGUGCCUGCGGGGCAACGAGGUGUACUGCCCCGGGCGCGUCAUGUACGCCUACGCGGACCGGGACCAAGGCAGCUUCGCCUCCCACGCCAUCUGGAAGGAGGCCUUCCUAUUCCCGAUCCCCGAGGGCAUCUCCGACGAGGACGCCGCCCCCCUGCAGUGCGGCGGCGCCACCGUCUUCAACGCCCUGCACGCCUACAACGCCCAGCAGACCGAGACCGUCGGAAUCGUGGGCAUUGGCGGCCUUGGCCAUCUCGCCAUCCAGUUCGCCGCAAAGAUGGGCUGCCGAGUCGUCGUGCUGUCCAGCACCGAAGCUAAGCGGGCCGAGGCGAUGCGGUUGGGUGCACACGAGUUCGUCGCCACGAAGGGCGUGACCGAGCUGAAGGUAUCGCAGCAGCUGGACCGCCUGCUCGUCUGCACGUCGGCGCAGCCCAACUGGGAACAGUUCGUCCCGAUCCUGGCGCCCGGCGCAACCAUCCACCCGCUGUCCGUCGACACCGGCAACUUCUCGAUCCCCUACUACCCGCUCAUCGCGUUCGGUUUCACCGUCCAGGGAUCCGUCGUCGCCUCGAGAUAUAUCCACAAGCGCAUGUUGGAGUUCGCUGCUCUGCACAAGAUCAGGCCCGUCGUCGAGGUAUUCCCGAUGAGCGAGGCUGGCAUCAAGGAGGCGUUGGAGAAGCUGGAGUCGGGCCAGAUCUACUUCCGCGCCGUGCUAAAGCCGGAAUAAGCGGUAUACCCAACCUCUCAUCAUGUUUGGAGCGAUUAGAAUAAUUGUCCUGUAAUUGUCUGUCUGUUGGGGGUACGACAUUGCAUAUAGGUACUGGCAUGAUGGCAGUAGCGCAAACACCAUAGAGCUUGUUAUACUUUGGUCAUAUUAUAGAAGAAUGAUAUAAUAUAAGAAUGCCUACAUAUUUCAAAUUUCUCGCAGUUCUAUCAUCUCAUUUUGGUGAAGUCUUCGUGGCAAGUACUUACAUAGGUUCUUAGUAUGUCAGAGAUAGAAGGAGUAAAAC